AUGACUCGGUCAAAAUGCGAUCGACCGGAAUGUGCUCAUUACGGUGCUCAGUUGGGCUCGAACUGUCCGCACAUGCGAGCAACAGGAACCGCGGGAACCACAGAGGGACGACAAAUGACCCUGUGCCCGAUCCCCGGUUGCGGACGUAAAUUGUCACAACAUGUAUCAUUGAAAAUGCAUUUGCAAUUCCAUUGGCGGACCGCGGCCAAACUGCUCAAAAUUCCGGCAAUCUGUACGGAAACUGUACGCCUCCCGGAAUCCAGUUGA